AUGAACCUGAACCUCAGUGUUCCAUUAUUCAAGGUGGGCAUGAGCAAGGGCGCCAUGGGCCUUUUAGCCUUGCGUGUUUGGGCUACUGGGCCGGUAUGCACUGCUAACAAGGCUUUCAGGCUACAAAUGUCUUGGGCUUUGCAGAUAGUCAAGCUUCCAUUGGUCCAGGCUACUCCAGUUCAAAAUCACACAUUUGUUUCGCAAAAUUGCAGUGUCAAACACACUCUUGCUGUGUUGAGUGCUGUUUUGGUUAUGGAGAAUAUGCUGCAUUCAGAGUCUCUUAGAACAGUUACAUCAGUAAAUGGUAGACAUUCUGAAGGAAGAUUGGGAAAAUUGGCGAGGGAAAAUGGUUAUUGUUCUUUUCGUGCUAGUCCGCCAAAGUAUGAGAGACACAAAGCUUUUGCUGUUCUUGACUUUCCACUGGGAUGUGGACCAUUUGCUCCACGAAUCCAGUCUACGGAGAUGCUUGAGCAAAAAAAAGUUUUGACAUCAAAGGAAGAAAAAGUGAUUGUUUCAUCUGAUCAGGUGAAUGAACUUGAAUCUGUGAAAGCCAAACCUGUAAAGAUGCAGUCACCGGCUUUGAACAAUGCAGGGUUGAGUGAACCUGUAAAGGGUUCGCUAGAAAAUGCUGUUUUGGUUAUGGAGAAUAUGCUGCAUUCAGAGUCUCUUAGAACAGUUACAUCAGUAAAUGGUAGACAUUCUGAAGGAAGAUUGGGAAAAUUGGCGAGGGAAAAUGGUUAUUGUUCUUUUCGUGCUAGUCCGCCAAAGUAUGAGAGACACAAAGCUUUUGCUGUUCUUGACUUUCCACUGGGAUGUGGACCAUUUGCUCCACGAAUCCAGUCUACGGAGAUGCUUGAGCAAAAAAAAGUUUUGACAUCAAAGGAAGAAAAAGUGAUUGUUUCAUCUGAUCAGGUGAAUGAACUUGAAUCUGUGAAAGCCAAACCUGUAAAGAUGCAGUCACCGGCUUUGAACAAUGCAGGGUUGAGUGAACCUGUAAAGGGUUGGGAAGAAGCAGCCCGUGAUUUGUCAAAGGAUUUACAUUUGGUGUGUGCUUCUGCUUCAAAGGAAGAGAUGUUUUUGCCAAGUGGUUCAAAAUGCUGGUCACCAUCUGUUGGUCCCAGUGCUGUUCCCAAUGGCAACGGUUUGAGGAAGACUAUGGCCAAAAAGUAUCCUCCACGAAGAAAAGUUUCGGCCAUCAGAGACUUCCCUCCCUUGUGUGGAAGGAACGCCCCAUGUCUUAGUAGGGAAGAGAGUGUGAAAGUCCAUGCUUCUCCAAAGAACAAGAGUUUGGGUCAAGAAAAGCUUGUUAUGGGUGACAGGCCAUUGGAAGAGACUGAAAAAACUGACUUGAAGCGAAUGAGAGAGGAUGUUCAAAAUACAGUCGUGCGGAAGAGCAAAUUUCAGGGGAAUGUUUCUGUGGUAAUUGGGGACAAACAAGAUGGAUUUGGAAGGUCUUCUGAGAUGAAGGUGGACCAGGAGCCUGUGUUGGACAGGCAUGGGAAAGGGGCCUAUAAGCCAUACCCAAUUGAUUCUGAUGGAUGUGCUACUAAAAAAAUCAGGAAGCAAGAUGGAUUUGAAAGGUCUUCUGAGAUGAAGGUGGACCAGGAGCCUGUGUUGGAAAGGCAUGGGAAAGGGGCCUAUAAACCAUACCCAACUGGCAUUACAAGUGAAGAUAAAGGAAAGAAAUAUAGUUUUCUAGAGCUUAGGAAACAUAAAUCUGCUGUCAGGACAAAGGAUGAAUCGAAAGUUUCUGGAGUAGAGUAAAAAAAAAAGAACUCAUCUAUUUCAGGAAAGAAUGCAAAUAAAGGCAGGGGUCAAAUUGCUGUCGGGGAUAAGCAGGAUUCUGCUAAGGAUGAUGAUGAAUAUUUAGACUUUCAUAUACUUAUAAAAAAAAAAAAUUUAGACUUUUUUCAUAUGGCUCCCGGACCACGGCGUUUUGGUGUAAACCUGCCACCCAUUGGAUUGAGUAGAAGUGGUGAAGUGAGGGAGACACUGCGGCUGUUCCCAGCUGUCUGUAGGAAGCUUUUGCAGGAAGAAGAAGCAAAGUCAAAGGAACGAAGAAAAACUAAAAGGAGGGUUGAUCAAAAAGUAUCAAAGAUUCUUAUGAAGAAAGGCAAAUGUGUUAACACUGGAGAAAAAAUCUUGGGAUCUGUCCCAGGAGUUGAAGUUGGUGAUGAGUUUCAUUACAGGAUUGAGCUUAAUAGUAUUGGCCUUCAUCGCCCGAAUCAGGCUGGAAUAGAUUUUUUGAAGCAUGAUGGGGAGAUCCUUGCAAUUAGCAUUGUGUCAUCUGGGGGCUAUGAUGAUGAUUUGGAUAAUUCAGAUUCCUUGACAUAUACGGGCCAGGGAGGAAAUGUGAUGAAUACUGAUAAAGAACCUGAAGAUCAGAAACUUGAACGGGGAAACCUCGCUUUGAAGAAUAGCAUGCAUAAAAGGAAUCCUGUUAGGGUGAUCCGUGGCUCUGAGUCUUCAAAUGGAAAAAUAUAUAUCUAUUAUGGGCUAUAUCUGGUGGAGAAAUAUUGGCAGGAAUUGGGGUCACGUGGUAAGCUGAUUUUCAAGUUUCGGUUGGACAGAAUUCCAGGUCAACCAGAGCUUGCUUGGAAAGAAGUCCAAAAGCCCAACAAAUUCAAAAUAAGGGAUGGUCUCCGUGUGGAUGAUAUCUCACAAGGGAAAGAGUCGACUCCCAUUUUUGUUGUGAACACCAUUGAUGAUGAGAAACCUUCACCGUUUAAAUACAUUACCAGCAUGAUAUAUCCUUAUUGGUGCCGCCCUCUACCUCUCAAGGGCUGUAACUGUAUUAAUGGAUGCUUAGAUUCCGAGAAAUGUUCAUGUUCAGUCAAGAACGGAGGAGAAAUCCCAUUUAACUAUAAUGGGGCUAUAGUCAAAGCAAAGCCCCUCGUCUAUGAGUGUGGUCCUUGUUGCAAGUGCCCUUCUUCUUGCCAUAAUAGAGUCAGCCAGCAUGGUAUCAAAUUUCAGCUUGAAAUUUUUAAAACCAAAUCGAAGGGGUGGGGUGUGAGAUCCCUUAAUUCGAUUCCUUCAGGAAGUUUUGUUUGUGAGUAUAUAGGAGAGCUCCUUGAAGAUAAGGAGGCUGAACGAAGAACCAGUAAUGAUGAGUAUUUGUUUGAUAUUGGGAAUAACUACAAUGACAGUUCUCUUUGGGAUGGACUCUCGUCACUAAUGCCUGAUGUGCAGGCAACUUCCUGUGAAUUUGCGGAUUAUGGUUGUUUCACUAUUGAUGCAGCGCAGUAUGGCAAUGUGGGGAGAUUCAUCAACCAUAGUUGCUCUCCCAAUUUGUACGCGCAAAAUGUCCUAUACGAUCAUGACGACAAAAGAAUUCCUCACAUAAUGCUCUUUGCCGCCGAAAACAUUCCUCCAUUGCAAGAGCUGAAUUUCCAUUACAAUAUGCAUCAGGUUCAUGAUUCGAAUGGAAAUAUAAAAAAGAGGAGUUGCUUUUGCGGUUCUAUAGAGUGCACCAACAGGAUGUAUUGA